GAGCGCUGCUAGAGAGCGGCGCGCGCUGCACACUCGCCGGGGCGCAGCGGAGGGCGGGGAGCCGGGCAGGUCGCGCCAGCUGGGGGAGCCGGCCGCCGGGAGCUGUUCUGAUUUCCGACGCGGACGCAAGGGGCCCGGAGCAGCCCCCGGCCCCGGUGUGCAGCCAACAUGGGCAACGCCGGGAGCAUGGAUUCGCAGCAGACCGAUUUCAGGGCGCACAACGUGCCUUUGAAGCUGCCGAUGCCCGAGCCAGGUGAACUGGAGGAGCGAUUUGCUAUCGUGCUGAAUGCUAUGAACCUACCCCCUGACAAAGCCAGAUUACUGCGGCAAUAUGACAAUGAGAAGAAGUGGGAACUGAUUUGUGAUCAGGAACGAUUCCAGGUGAAGAACCCUCCCCAUACUUACAUUCAAAAGCUCAAAGGCUAUCUGGAUCCAGCUGUAACCCGGAAGAAAUUCAGACGGCGUGUUCAAGAGUCCACACAAGUGCUAAGAGAACUGGAAAUUUCUUUAAGAACCAACCAUAUUGGAUGGGUCAGAGAGUUUCUGAAUGAAGAAAAUAAAGGUCUUGAUGUUCUAGUAGAAUAUCUGUCAUUUGCGCAAUACGCAGUAACUUUUGACUUUGAAAGUGUGGAAAGCACUGUGGAGAGCUCAGUGGACAAAUCAAAGCCCUGGAGUCGGUCCAUCGAGGACCUGCACAGAGGGAGCAACCUGCCUUCCCCCGUGGGCAACAGUGUAUCCCGCUCGGGAAGACAUCCUGCACUGCGAUAUAAUACUUUGCCAAGCAGAAGAACCCUGAAAAAUUCAAGAUUAGUGAGUAAGAAAGAUGACGUGCAUGUCUGUAUCAUGUGUUUACGUGCCAUCAUGAAUUAUCAGUAUGGUUUCAACAUGGUCAUGUCUCAUCCACAUGCUGUCAACGAGAUUGCACUAAGCUUGAACAACAAGAAUCCAAGAACAAAAGCUCUUGUCUUAGAGCUGUUGGCAGCCGUUUGUCUUGUCAGAGGCGGGCAUGAAAUCAUUUUAUCAGCAUUUGACAACUUUAAGGAGGUUUGUGGAGAAAAACAGCGCUUUGAGAAGUUGAUGGAACAUUUCAGAAAUGAGGACAAUAACAUAGAUUUUAUGGUGGCCUCUAUGCAGUUUAUUAAUAUUGUAGUCCAUUCAGUAGAAGACAUGAAUUUCAGAGUUCACCUCCAAUAUGAAUUUACCAAGUUAGGCCUGGAUGAAUACUUGGAUAAGCUGAAACAUACUGAGAGUGACAAGCUGCAGGUACAGAUUCAGGCUUACCUGGACAAUGUGUUUGAUGUGGGAGCUCUGCUGGAAGACGCGGAAACCAAGAAUGCAGCUUUGGAGAGGGUGGAAGAACUGGAAGAAAACAUCUCUCAUUUGUCGGAAAAACUGCAAGACACAGAGAAUGAAGCCAUGUCCAAGAUCGUGGAACUGGAAAAGCAGCUCAUGCAGAGGAACAAGGAGCUGGAUGUUGUUCGGGAAAUCUACAAAGAUGCAAAUACCCAGGUUCACACAUUAAGGAAAAUGGUCAAAGAGAAAGAAGAAGCCAUUCAAAGACAGUCUACCCUAGAAAAAAAGAUUCAUGAGCUGGAGAAACAAGGGACCAUUAAAAUUCAGAAGAAAGGAGAUGGGGACAUCGCCAUCCUGCCGGUCGUGGCUUCUGGCACGUUGCCCACGGGGUCUGAAGUGGCGGUGGGUGACUUUGUGGGACCAGUGACGGGGGCCGCCGCCUCGGGACCCUUGCCCCCUCCUCCCCCACCCCUGCCUCUGUCGUCAGACGCACCUGAAGCAGCGCGAAACGGUCCAGCCACGCCGCCUAUGCCCCCUCUUCCCCCUCCCCCUCCCCCUCCCCCGCCUCCCCCUCCGCCCCCGCCUCCCCUCCCGGGUCCUGCAGCUGAGACUGUGCCGGCUCCCCCUUUGCCCCCCCCUCCUCCCUCUGCACCCCCGCUGCCCGGGACGUCUUCACCCACAGUGGUUUUCAACUCAGGAUUAGCAGCUGUGAAAAUUAAGAAGCCAAUCAAGACGAAAUUCAGAAUGCCAGUUUUUAACUGGGUUGCCCUGAAGCCAAAUCAGAUCAAUGGCACAGUCUUCAACGAAAUUGAUGAUGAGCGAAUUCUGGAGGACUUAAAUGUAGAUGAAUUUGAGGAAAUAUUUAAGACAAAAGCCCAAGGUCCUGCCAUUGAUCUUUCUUCAAGCAAACAGAAGAUAACGCAGAAGGGAUCAAACAAAGUGACAUUACUAGAAGCAAAUAGGGCUAAAAAUCUUGCCAUAACUUUAAGGAAAGCUGGAAAGACCGCGGAUGAAAUAUGUAAAGCUAUUCAUGUAUUUGACUUGAAGACAUUGCCUGUAGACUUUGUAGAGUGUUUGAUGAGGUUCUUGCCAACUGAGAAUGAGGUGAAAGUGCUGCGGCUCUAUGAGCGGGAAAGGAAGCCCCUGGAAAACUUGUCAGAUGAAGACCGGUUCAUGAUGCAGUUCAGUAAAAUUGAGCGGCUCAUGCAGAAGAUGACCAUCAUGGCCUUCAUUGGGAACUUUGCCGAAAGCAUUCAGAUGCUGACUCCUCAACUGCACUCAAUUAUAGCAGCAUCUGUCUCUAUAAAGUCGUCCCAAAAACUCAAGAAAAUUCUGGAGAUCAUCUUGGCCCUUGGAAACUAUAUGAAUAGCAGUAAACGAGGAGCAGUUUAUGGAUUUAAACUUCAGAGUUUAGAUCUGCUCUUAGAUACAAAGUCAACGGACCGAAAGCAAACACUGUUGCACUAUAUAUCCAAUGUCGUAAAAGAAAAAUAUCACCAAGUGUCCCUAUUUUAUAAUGAGCUUCAUUACGUGGAGAAAGCUGCCUCAGUCUCCCUUGAGAAUGUUUUACUGGACGUCAAGGAGCUGCAGAGGGGCAUGGACUUGACCAAGAGGGAGUACACCAUGCAUGACCACAACACGCUGCUGAAGGAGUUCAUCCUCAACAAUGAGGGAAAGCUGAAGAAGCUGCAGGAUGAUGCCAAGAUUGCACAGGACGCCUUCGAUGACGUGGUGAAGUAUUUUGGAGAAAACCCCAAGACGACACCACCCUCUGUCUUCUUUCCCGUCUUUGUCCGGUUUGUGAAAGCCUAUAAGCAAGCAGAAGAGGAGAACGAGCUGAGGAAAAAGCAGGAACAAGCGCUGAUGGAGAAACUCCUGGAGCAGGAAGCUCUGCUGGAGCAGCAGGACCCAAAGUCUCCUUCCCACAAAUCAAAGAGGCAGCAGCAAGAAUUAAUUGCGGAAUUAAGAAGGCGACAAGUUAAAGAUAAUAGACACGUAUACGAAGGAAAAGACGGUGCCAUUGAAGAUAUUAUCACAGAUCUUAGAAACCAACCAUACAGACGAGCCGAUGCGGUGAGGAGAAGUGUCAGGCGGCGCUUUGAUGAUCAGAACUUGCGUUCUGUUAAUGGUGCCGAUAUAACCAUGUGAACCUGAGACCUGCCUGUAUGAAUAGAGGGUGUGUGUGAAUGAAACUGACCAUGUGAACUUUAUGUGCUAUCAUUUAACUGCAGCCUUGAACAUAGAUGAAAAUAUUCUAAGGGCUCAGAUUUAGCAAACACAUAGGAAUUUAAAAAUGAUGGGCUCUCCUUUCAACCUUUGUUAACAAGUGCCUAAAAGUGGAAGUACCUGCUCAGAUUAAUCAAAGCAAUAGGAUUUGAUUUGAUUAGGUAUCUUUUUACACCGGUGUGUUAUUCAAUUUUUAACCAAAAUGUAAAUUUCACAUUACAUUCAUUACCUGCCAUUGUGAUUGUCCCAUGAUGGCCCACCCUGGUUUCCUGAUUAAGUUGUAAAUAACAUGGAUGCAUCUGCUGUGGGCUUCCUUCGCUGAGAUGUCUUUUAAGGAGUUAAUUUUGUGUUUCAGCCAUACCCAUCAACUUGGUAUUUUUAAGGGCUUACAACGUGGAAGAAGGAAAAAGUCACACGAUAAACUCCUUCUGUCCAUAACCAAGCCCCAGCAAAGUACAAACAUGAUGUAACUGCAGUGGCACAGAAUCAGUCAACUCGUUUCACAUUCUGCUUCUGUGCUGGGGUACGAUGCCCUAUGAGAGACAUUCAUUGGUAUGAAUGCGACGAUAUGAUGGCACACGGAUGUUGUAUAAGACUUUAUUUGCAGUACUGUGUUCUUCAGCUAGAGGCAGCUUUUAAAAAAUAAUGCAAAUGUUUAUUAAUUAGCACUAAAAUUAACAUCUCAGUAAUCAGUAUUAGGAUUUCUGAGGACCAUUUUGGGUCAAUCCUGAGAAUAGAAAUCAGUGCCUUGCUAGCCAGGGAGAGGUUCACUAGCUCUAUCAACAAGCAUUCAAGAUUACUUCUGCUAGCAUAGUGUUAGAAUCCUGGCCUUAUUAUCCUGACAAUCGCAGGUUCCCCCCCCCCCACCCCUUCUUUUUGUAGACUGGAGAAGAUAUAUUUGGCAUCAUAUAUCAAAGCUAAAAAUGCUUGCAUUUCCAAGAUUACUUUAUGGGCAAUUGCAAUUAAAUUUCUGAAAUACAUCAGGAUUAAGUUUAAGUGAUAUGAAAUGGGACUAAAUGGCCAACAAAGCCACUGCUAUUUUUCCUUCCUCUCUGGCAGGGCACUUGAUCCAUUCCAAAGUCAAAAACUGGACUGAAGCUAAUUUGUACUUUUCAUAAUAUACAUUCUGCUUCUGGCUUACCUUUUGGUACAUGACAUCAAUAUAUUAAUUGUAAAGUUUAUUGUAUAGUAUUUAACCACUGAAUUUCUUAUUUUGUUGUGCUUAUGUGAACUCUGGUGAAGGUCCCAUUUCCCUUGGAUAAUGUGUAGUUAUAUAUCUCUUUUUAAAUGUACAGAUAUUUUGCUAUAAGAUUGGUGCAGUUUUUUAUGGUUUUUACACUUCUCUUUAAUUCCCACCUAAGCCUCUGGGUAAUAUUGUAAAUAUUGUUUAAAAAUGCAUCAGCCUAUGCUAUAUAAUCUGAAUGUUAUUUUAACUUAUAGGUUUUUUUUUUUUUAAUAUAUAUUUAACUACAAGGACAGUUUAGGGAUCAGUUACUACAUUUUCACUUUAGCAUAUUUACAGAAAGGUUACUUUAAACUGCCACCUGCUAGCACAUUUUCAUAAUGUGUACGUUAAAAAAGAACAUGCCAAGAUUUUGUCUGACUCAACAUUCAUUUUGAUGAAAAAAGCAAUUUGACCAUAAGAUAUAACACAAAUUAGGUGGUCCUUCACCACAAAGCAGCUAUUUUCCAAAGCUCAAUACUGAUGAACAUAUGUUAAAAUAAUUGCCUAUUUAUUAAUCUACAAAUAGACAAUAAUGUUGGCAUGCUCUUUUCUGUUUGUCUGUUAA